AACGGCCUCUUUUUGCUCGACGUCGACACGGACGGCCUGCUUGCCUGCGUGCGAGCUUGGUUGUUGAACACAACUGCCCGCCCAGCCUAUGUCUACGACAUGCUGCUGCUACCAGCGGCCAUGGAUUCAAUCAACGGCUUCUUCGAGGAUCAUCGUCGUUGGGGACCACGGCGGCCAUUGGUGUUGCAUCGAGGCGCGUGCCUGAACGGCGCUUUGGUACCCGCCCAGCCAGGCAGUCAGGUACCGAAUGCAUCACCACAAAGGCCAUGAUCCAAGUACAUGCACAUGUACAUGUAAUAAUGCAAUGCACAUACAGCUGGCUGACUAGCUAUUCAGCGCUUGAUUAAUGUCGUGGACAAUUGCGCGCCGCUAUUCCCUCUUCCACCAUGACGGUCUGAUGGAUAACGGCUUAGUCUCCGUAGCGUGCAGAACGGCGGCGGCGGCGGCUAUCGCUAGCCAUCCAUCUAUGUACCUAAUGACCACAUGCUCCGGUCAACAACUUCAACACCACCUCCCACGGCCCACACCUACCACCAUUCAUCCACCAUCCCUCUCGCAUCAUCAUUCUCCAAACCAUCUCUGAACCGCCAUGACCAUGACCCAUGUUGCCAAUCAAUCACUCCCUCAAAUCGUCAUUCAUGCAUAAACAAACAAACACAACGCACACACCACCCCGUGUUCCCCCAUCACCUCCGUCCGUCCGGCCAAUGCCCAACUCUUGAGAAAAGAAAAACUACACUUGAAGAAAAAAAAAAAAACAAGCUACAAUAAAAACAUACGCCCAUCCAUCCAUGUACAAAGCUAGCAACCCAGCAACCUAAAAAGCAAUGACCACCCCUCAGCACCAACAACUCACCCACGUCCACCGUCCCAAGAUCCUCCGAGGAAUCGACGAAAGGAAAAAAAACCCAACGCUCGCUCGCUCAAUGCGCUUUCAUCCCUGGCUCCCAAACGCAAAGCACAAGAAGCAUCCACAGCGUUCUUCCCUGCUUGACCUGUACUAUACACACAUCAUCGUCAUACCAUGUGCAUGAUCCCGAUCCAUCUUUCUUUUGUUUCCUUCUCCCUCCCCCCCUUUUUUUUCUAUCCUUCUCACCUCCCCCACGUGAACGAGCACAUCACAUCUGACGUGACGUGACCUGAUGAACGACCAGGGUGGGCAACUCCAUCCUUACACACAUUCCCCUAUAACACCAUCUACUAUUCGUCUCCAACAGUCUACGUUGUCAUUAUUUAUAAGCAUCCCUUUGUUUACUUCGCUACAUAUAGCAGGCAUGUACCCGCUAAGACAAUUCUGCUGUCGUUAUCUGACGACAUUUUUCCCGAGGGAAAUCUCGCUUUGGGUUCGCUGCGCCGUCUAUUAAUAUAAUUCUUGGGAAGGCGUGAUUGGCGGAUGCGAAACAUGUGAACAACUAUAGAGAAGAGCAUGAUGUUCUAAAGUAUGCUGGCAUCAUCCCCUCUGAUCAUCUUGCACUAUCCCACAUCAUUCCUCACAUCCUCGCAUAUAAUCUGAAACAUACCUUUUCUGGAGGCCUCGGUGGAUAAUAAUAAAAAAAAAUGUGGUAUAAUAUAUGCGCUCGUAGGAAUUUGCGUUGCUUUGUUUACCUCUGUUACACAUAUCCAUCGUCAACACGCUGCAGAAAGAGUAAACAAAACAUCCCCCUCCCCUCCCCUCCUCUCCUCCUCUCCCAACUUUAUAUAUCCUUGCGAUUCUGAUUCAUUCCCAUCUCAACACUCUCUCUCUCUACUUCCCCCUCUAUCUCCACUACCUUUAAUACUCUUAUCGUCUUCUAUCACUAGCCCUUCAUCCCCCAUCACCCCCCUCGCAAUUCUCACUGUA